AGGCACACUAUGCAGGCUAAAGAAAUGGAAGACGUCCUCCAAUUCAAAGAAGGCCUCACAGAAUUCGCUACAGAUGUUUAUGAAAAAAUUAUCAAAUUGCAAGCCGAAAAUUUAACGAACUCUGUAUUUUCGCCCAUGAGUAUUUAUUGUGCCUCGUUGUUGGUGAUGGCCGGAGCCGACGGGGAAACACUGCAAGAGAUGCAGCAGGUGCUUCACAUUCCCCCGAAGCUCAGAUCCAAUGCUGUUCAUCAGUCCUAUGGACCAAUAAUUUCGAAGUAUUUCGAGGCGUCCACCGACGUGGACUUGAACCUUGCCAAUCGACUAUUUCUUCUGCAUUCGAUCGAUAUUCGGCCAGAAUACAGUGCACUGGUUGCCAAGUGUUACAAAGCCUCAGUGGAGCUGAUAUGCGGACUACCAGAUCUAGAGGCGAAAAGACGUCACAUUAACGCCUGGGUGGCCAAAAACACAAAGAACAAAAUUGAGGAAAUGUUGCCGCUUAAAUUUCUCGACGAGGACACGAUAUUUCUGCUAAUCAACGCGUUGUAUUUCCGAGGCUCAUGGGAUCACCAGUUCGCUAAGGAACAAACUCAAGAGAGUGACUUCCAUUGCUUGAAUGGGGAAUCGAUGAAAGUGCAAAUGAUGUAUAGGGAAUCAUCAUUCUAUCUGACUGACCUCGCGGAACUGGACUGUAUGGCUAUGAAACUUCCUUUUCGACGGAGCGAUUCGCAGUGUGAAUGGGCGUUAUUGAUUUUGUUGCCACACGAAACAGCUGGUUUGCCGAAACUUCUUUCCAGAUUACAAGCACCGGGAAAAUGGGCUUCCCCAUUGAGAAGCCCGUUCCAAAUGGAAGAAGCCCACUUGUUUCUUCCGAAAUUCAAGCUCGCAGAUCAACCUAUGAUAGAUUUGAAGCCGAUUUUAUACGAUUGUGGAAUGAAGAAAUUGUUUGAUGGAGGAGACUUGUCCAGGUUGUGGCAACCGUGCUCGUCGCUGACCGACGCAUAUCACAAAGCCGUGCUAGAGACUAGGCACACUAUGCAGGCUAAAGAAAUGGAAGACGUUCUCCAAUUCAAAGAAGGCCUCACAGAAUUCGCUACAGAUGUUUAUGAAAAAAUUAUCAAAUUGCAAGCCGAAAAUUUAACGAACUCUGUAUUUUCGCCCAUGAGUAUUUAUUGUGCCUCGUUGUUGGUGAUGGCCGGAGCCGACGGGGAAACACUGCAACAGAUGCAGCAGGUGCUUCACAUUCCCCCGAAGCUCAGAUCCGAUGCUGUUCAUCAGUCCUAUGGACCAAUAAUUUCCAAUGCACGGAUUGCCACGUGUUAUAAGGCCUUAGUUGAGCUGCUAACCGAACUGCCGAAUGUAGAGGCGAAAAGAUGUCACAUUAACGCCUGGGUUGCCGAAAAUACAAAGGAUAAAAUAAGGGACCUGUUGCCGCCUAGCUUUCUCGACCAGAACUCGAAAUCCUUGCUAAUCAACGCGUUGUAUUUUCGAGGCUCAUGGGAUCACCAGUUUGAUAAGAAACAAACUCAAGAGAGUGACUUCCAUUGCCUAAACGGGGAAUCAAUGAAAGUUCAAAUGAUGUAUAGGAAAUCAACCUUCUAUCUGGCUGAUCUCGCAGAACUGGACUGUAUGGCUAUAAAGCUUCCUUUUCGACGGAGCGAUUCCCAGAGUGAAUGGGCCCUGUUGAUUUUGCUGCCACACGAAACAGCUGGUUUGCCGAAACUUCUUUCCAGAUUACAAGCACCAGGACAAUUGGCUUCCGCAUUGAGAAGCCCGUUCCACAUGGAAGAAGCCCACUUGUUUCUUCCGAAAUUCAAGCUCUCGGAUCAACCCAUGAUAGAUUUGAAGCCAAUUUUGUGUGAAUGUGGAAUGAAGAAAUUGUUUGAUGGAGGAGACUUGUCCAGGAUGUGGCAAUCACGCUUGUCGGUGACCGAUGCAUAUCACAAAGCCGUGCUAGAGCUUGAUGAAGAAGGAGUGACAGCAGCUGCUGCGACCUUAUUUACUGUGUGUGCCAGCUUUCAGUUGCUUCAGACAAUUUCUGUUGACCAUCCGUUCUUCUUCGCCCUCGUGUGUGAUUCCACCAUGCCCGUGUUUGUUGGACACGUUGUUACCCCGAAGUUCGACUAAUAGCCGGACGCAGCUGUUAUUC